CGCGCCGGGCUGCGCUUCGCUGGCGGCGGCGGCGGCGGCAGUGGCCGCGGCAGCCCCACACUCCACCGCCAGACUGGAGGAACGACGGAAGCCGGACCCCAGGAGGAUGGAGGAUGAAGCUGUCCUGGACAGAGGAGCUUCCUUCCUUAAACAUGUGUGUGACGAAGAAGAAGUAGAAGGUCACCAUACCAUCUACAUUGGGGUCCAUGUGCCGAAGAGCUACAGGAGAAGGAGACGUCACAAGAGAAAGGCCGGACACAAAGAAAAGAAGGAAAAGGAGAGGGUCUCUGAGAACUACUCUGACAAGUCAGAUGUGGAAAAUGCGGACGAGUCUAGCAGCAGCAUUCUAAAGCCUCUCAUCUCUCCUGCUGCUGAACGUAUUCGAUUUAUCUUGGGUGAAGAAGAUGACAGCCCAGCACCACCUCAACUCUUUACCGAACUCGAUGAGCUGUUGGCUGUGGAUGGACAGGAAAUGGAAUGGAAGGAGACAGCGAGGUGGAUUAAGUUUGAAGAAAAAGUGGAACAGGGUGGAGAGAGAUGGAGUAAGCCCCACGUGGCCACAUUGUCCCUGCACAGCUUAUUUGAGCUAAGGACAUGUAUGGAGAAAGGAUCCAUCAUGCUUGACAGGGAGGCUUCUUCUCUCCCACAGUUGGUGGAGAUGAUUGUUGACCAUCAGAUUGAGACAGGCCUAUUAAAACCUGAACUUAAGGAUAAGGUGACCUAUACUUUGCUCCGGAAGCACCGCCAUCAAACCAAGAAAUCCAAUCUUCGCUCCCUGGCUGACAUUGGGAAGACUGUCUCCAGUGCAAGUAGGAUGUUUACCAGCCCUGAUAAUGCUCGCAGCCCACUUGAGAACUCAGUGCCCUGCCUAGCAACCCGUACCUUGGAUGAUGACCCCAGAGUGCGACGCACUCCCAGCGUGGGAUGGCUAAGUAGUCCGGCCAUGACCCAUAGGAAUCUGACUUCUUCCAGUUUGAAUGAUAUUUCUGAUAAACCAGAGAAGGAUCAGCUGAAGAAUAAGUUCAUGAAAAAACUGCCACGUGAUGCAGAAGCUUCCAAUGUGCUUGUUGGGGAGGUGGACUUCUUGGAUACCCCUUUCAUUGCCUUUGUUCGACUACAGCAGGCUGUUAUGCUGGGCGCCCUGACUGAGGUCCCCGUGCCUACCAGGUUCUUGUUCAUUCUCUUAGGUCCUAAGGGAAAAGCCAAAUCCUACCAUGAGAUUGGCAGAGCCAUUGCCACCUUGAUGUCUGAUGAGGUAUUCCACGACAUUGCUUACAAAGCGAAAGACAGGCAUGACCUAAUUGCUGGCAUUGACGAGUUCUUGGAUGAAGUCAUUGUUCUUCCCCCUGGCGAAUGGGAUCCGACGAUCAGGAUAGAGCCUCCUAAGAGUCUCCCAUCAUCUGACAAAAGAAAGAAUAUGUAUUCAGGCGGAGAGAAUGUUCAGAUGAAUGGGGACACGCCCCAUGAUGGAGGCCACGGGGGAGGAGGACACGGUGAUUGUGAAGAACUGCAGAGGACUGGACGGUUCUGUGGUGGACUAAUUAAGGACAUAAAGAGGAAAGCACCAUUUUUUGCCAGUGAUUUUUAUGAUGCUUUAAAUAUUCAGGCUCUCUCAGCAAUUCUCUUCAUUUAUCUGGCAACAGUAACUAAUGCUAUCACUUUUGGAGGACUGCUUGGGGAUGCCACUGACAACAUGCAGGGCGUAUUGGAGAGCUUCCUGGGCACAGCUGUCUCUGGAGCUGUCUUCUGCCUCUUUGCUGGCCAACCACUCACUAUAUUGAGCAGCACAGGACCUGUUCUGGUUUUUGAGAGGCUUCUAUUUAAUUUCAGCAAAGAUCAUAACUUUGACUACUUGGAGUUUCGCCUUUGGAUUGGCCUGUGGUCUGCCUUCCUGUGUCUCAUUCUGGUGGCCACAGAUGCCAGCUUCUUGGUUCAGUACUUCACUCGUUUCACAGAAGAGGGCUUCUCUUCUCUGAUUAGCUUCAUCUUUAUUUAUGAUGCCUUCAAGAAGAUGAUCAAGUUAGCAGAUUACUACCCUAUCAACUCUGACUUCAAAGUGGGCUACAAUACUCACUUCUCCUGUGCCUGCAUGCCACCUGACCCAGUUAACAUCUCACUGUCUAAUGACACCACGUUGGCUCCGGAUUUGACAAGUGCUUCUUCUACUGAUAUGUACCACAAUGCAUCCUUUGACUGGGGAUUUUUGUCAACGAAGGAGUGUUUAAAAUAUAGAGGAAGACUCGUGGGGAACAACUGCGAAUUUGUUCCUGAUGUCUCACUCAUGUCUUUCAUCCUUUUCUUGGGCACCUACACUUCUUCUAUGGCUCUGAAAAAAUUCAAAACCAGUCGUUAUUUCCCAACCAUGGCAAGAAAACUGAUCAGUGAUUUUGCCAUUAUCUUGUCCAUUCUCAUCUUUUGUAUACUAGAUGCCCUGGUAGGUGUGGAUACUCCAAAAUUAAUUGUGCCAAGUGAGUUCAAGCCGACAAGUCCAAACCGGGGUUGGUUUAUCCCACCAUUUGGAGGCAACCCCUGGUGGGUGUACCUUGCUGCUGCUAUCCCUGCGUUGUUGGUCACCAUUCUGAUCUUCAUGGACCAGCAAAUCACAGCUGUGAUUGUGAAUAGGAAAGAACAUAAACUCAAGAAAGGAGCUGGCUAUCAUCUGGAUCUCUUUUGGGUGGCCAUCCUCAUGGUGGUGUGCUCUUUCAUGGCUCUGCCGUGGUACGUGGCUGCAACUGUCAUUUCCAUUGCUCACAUUGACAGUUUGAAGAUGGAGACAGAGACGUCUGCACCUGGAGAACAACCAAAGUUUCUUGGAGUCAGGGAACAAAGGGUCACUGGAACCCUGGUGUUCAUUCUGACUGGUCUCUCUGUCUUCAUGUCUCCCAUAUUGAAGUUCAUUCCCAUGCCUGUGCUCUAUGGUGUAUUCCUAUAUAUGGGGGUAGCAUCCCUUAAUGGUGUGCAGUUCAUGGAUCGUCUGAAGCUGCUCUUGAUGCCCUUAAAGCAUCAGCCUGAUUUUAUCUACCUGCGCCAUGUCCCCUUGCGCAGAGUCCACCUGUUCACUUUCCUGCAGGUGUUAUGUCUAGCCCUGCUCUGGAUCCUCAAGUCAACGGUGGCUGCUAUUAUUUUCCCAGUUAUGAUCUUGGCACUUGUAGCUGUCAGAAAGGGCAUGGACUACCUCUUCUCCCAGCAUGACCUCAGCUUCCUUGAUGAUGUCAUUCCAGAAAAGGAAAAGAAAAAGAAAGAGGACGAGAAGAAAAAGAAGAAGAAGAAAGGAAGUCUGGAUAGUGACAAUGACGAUUCUGACUGCCCAUACUCAGAAAAAGUUCCAAGUAUUAAAAUUCCAAUGGACAUCAUGGAACAGCAACCUUUUCUAAGCGAUAGCAAACCUUCCGACAGAGAAAGAUCACCAACAUUCCUUGAACGUCAUACAUCAUGCUGAUAAAAUUCCUUUCCUUCAGCCACUUGGCUUGCCAAGUCCUUCUACAACUCCAAUAAAAGUUGUGCCUCAAAUUAGAAUAGAACUUGAGCCUGAAGACAAUGAUUAUUUCUGGAGGAGCAAGGGAACAGAAACUACAUUGUAACCAGUUUUUCUUACAACUUACAGUUUUUGUUAAUGUUCUUGUUUCUUGUCCAGUUGUUUAUUUUUUAAUUUUUGUUUUGAUUUGGUUUUUGGUCACUGGCCAAAGACUACAGUGCUCUUUAUGCUUCUCUCUUGCAUAGGUUAAAUCAAGACAAUAGUGCAUCAUUCCUUAAAAACAUCUGAAGAGUCCCCUUUUUGUUCUUACACUUUCAGAUGCAUCCUUAACAGAUUCCACUGUCACUGAAGACAUGCACAGACCCCGUCCUAUUCCUUUGUUCAGCACAGGGCUAUCGUAUUAAAAUUUUUUAUAACAUCUUUUAUUAAAAUGUUGAAGGAACUUUCACCUUUA